GAGGUUAAUUAGGGGAAUGAGGUAAUAUUAGGUUUCAGUCUAACAACUGACAAGGCUGCAACUGGAAAAUGGAAACUGAUGAUGAAAUUGAAGUUGAAGAGGGUGGUAUCCCCGAAACAGAGGAAUUACAGAUCGAUCAGUUCCUCUUCGAAGAAGAAGAAGAUGAUGAACAAUUCGAUCACCCUCUCAUCCACUUUUCCUCUCCAUCUUCUUCUUCCUCUUCCCAAGACCAACCUAAUGGCAUUGUCAAUGGAAAUUCAUCAGAUGAAUUUACUUUCAAUACCAGUAUCGCUUCUUUGCACACAUAUCUUGGAGAUGUUGAAGACACGAGCCACAGGACUGAUUUUUUGGAUGGUGGUGCUAUAUUCAACCUUCCUCUCUUUUGUCUCCAAGGAGUUGUACUCUUUCCUGGGGCUACUCUUCCCCUUAGGGUUACUGUUUCUCGUUUUGUGACUGCUAUUGAGAGAGCUUUGAGUCAAGUUGAUGUUCCUUACACCAUUGCUGUGAUUCGGGGUCACAGGGAAACUGGAAGUUUUAUGAUGAAAGCAGCAAGCAUUGGGACAACCGCUGUGAUUCGACAAUAUGGGCAUCUAGAGGACGGUUCACUGAAUGUGGUUACCCGUGGACAACAACGAUUUCACCUAAGGCGACAUUGGAAUGAUGUGGACGGAGUGCCUUAUGGAGAGAUCCAAAUUAUCGAAGAAGAUCUACCAUUGAGAACUCCAAGAGAUGCAUUUGGCAAAUCAACAUCAUCAAGUAAUAUACUUUGUAGCCGAGUUAAAGUGCAUGCCUUAAAUGGGGGAAAUGAUUCAGAAGCAAAUUUAGAUGAGGGUUUUAAGAGUAAGUUUUCAUCAAUUGAAAGGAAAACCCACUUAUCAGUCAUUGGCUGCGGUUCUGCAUCUGAUACGAUCGAUGUAGCAGCAAACAGCAGUAAUGUUAACUUUAUGCAUAAGUCAGAUCAGGAAAUGGGGUCCAAUUUGGAUUUGAGCAUUGAGAAUUGUUCCACUUCUGGAAAGCAGUCAUCCGAAGAAGGGUUUAAUAGAUGCUUAAAGAAUAUACGAUCACAUAAAAUUUCAAAUGCUUUCUUGCCCCACUGGGUAUAUCGUAUGUAUGACCCCUAUUGGCUUGCACAAAGGGCUGCAGAUAUGUGGAAACAAAUAAUUGGGGUGCCUAGUAUGGAUAGUCUCAUCAAGAAACCUGGUGUUUUAUCAUUUCAUAUCGCCAGUAAAAUACCUGUUUCUGAGUCUACAAGACAACAACUUUUGGAUAUCGACGGCAUCGUGUAUAGGUUGCGCAGGGAAAUCGAAUUACUAAAUAGCAUUGAUCUUAUCCGAUGUAGAAGAUGCCAAACUACAAUUGCAAAACGAAGUAAUAUGUUGGUAAUGUCAGAUGAGGGUCCUCUUGGUGCCUAUGUGAAUCCUGGUGGUUAUGUACAUGAGAUAAUGACUCUUUACAAGGCCAAUGGCUUAUCUCUUGUUGGGCACGCAGUUACAGAAUACAGCUGGUUUCCUGGAUAUGCAUGGACAAUCGCAAACUGUGCUACAUGUGGAACCCAAAUGGGAUGGCUUUUUACAACCACCAACAAAAAACUGAAGCCGGGUUCAUUUUGGGGUAUUCGGAGCUGUCAAGUUGCAGAAGAAAUACCCCAAAACCUUUAGUUCUACUGAUGUAAUAGGUGACCAUAUAGUUACAAGUUUUAUAUGAAUACAUUAAUCUAGCUUAGUGUGGAAACCUGUAUUCAUAAAGCACGACUUGGUUCUGUGAAUGUAUGUACAUAAUAUAAUGCAUUGUUUCUAUGUAGUGAUGUGCGCAAUAUAAUUGCACACUUUUAUGAA